AUGGCUGCCAGCUGCAGCUCGUCUUCUUCUGCAGGGGCCUGCGGCUCUAUUCUGCAGUCUACGGCUGACCAGUUACUGUUGGAAGUGAAAAGAGAGGCCGAAGAGUCUGGUAGUAUCUCCGAAGACCUCGUGUCUGCCCUUCUUUUCGUGUUUCAGGCGCCUCUCCACCAAGCCUUGGAUCUUCUCGACAGAGGCUCCGUUACUCGCUACUACUGCACCGCCGGUAGAGAGCUCUACCGCGUCAGAGGGAGCGGAGGUCGUUUCUACACCUGUCUCACCUCCUCGGACUACUGUAGCUGUCCCUCGUUUGUCUACACUGUGCUAGUAAAGCAGGAUUCGCUGCUUUGCAAACACCUGUUGGCAGUGCAGCUUGGGAGGGCGCUGUCAGCUGGAGCGAGAGGACAUGUAGGUAGCAGAGAAGGAGAAGAGGAAGGAAAGAGCAGCAGUUUACCUACAGUAGAUGAGGUAUGUGUGACAGAUGAGGAAUUUGGUCGGAUGCUCAUGAUUGCUUCUGGCGAGAUGGACACCACAGUACCACCUGGGGGAGAAGGCCCUCGAUAAUAUAUCCCAUAACCUCCCUCGAUUUCUUUGCCAGAUAUACAUCCCAUUAACUCAAGCAGGAAUCUUCAUAUCAACAGUAAGAAUGGGCAGCAUUGUGGAUAGCAGUGAGGUGAAAGGAAAUGCAGAACAAGGAACAGAGAAAAACGAACAGAAAAAUGUUUUUUUAAAAAGGCAACAGAAAAACUGAAUUAAGAACGGAAAAGGCAGAGUAAGGAACAGAUUGACUAAACAAGGCUCCUGGCUCAGGUAUCCGGUGGCCACUUGGCACAGAGUACAGUGUCCCUGCCGUGUGCAGCAAAGCAGUCUCUGAUGGACUUGUCGAUGAUAUCCAGACGUCUAUCGAUGGCCUGUAGAUGGAGGGAGGUGAGAAUGGGGUACGCAGGGUCCCUCCUCAUGCUCUGGUCGAGUCUCUGUGAGAGACUGGGCUCAGAGUGAAUCAGCUCUUGCAGACGGUCCCACGUUGACUGUCUCACCCUGUGACGGCAAGUGAGGAGAGUUUUCUAUUAUAUAUAAAUGUGAGAAAAUGCGUUACAGAUACCUGCAGCAUUGUUGAAGUGGAGCUAAAAUAGACAUCUCAUCGUGAUACGGAUUCCCAAAACUAAAAUGAUAGAGAAGUCUUAUGAAUUUGUGUGCAAUACACAUGGCAUAACCUACUGUAAUUAUAGGCAAAAAAGCUGAUGAUAGCUCACCUCUUUCCAUUGUCAAUGUGCAAUAGUUUGCCGUGCUUACUGGCUUUUGCAUACGUCUCAUAGUGAUGCCUGUCUGCAUUACCUGCGUUACAGAAAUCACGCAACACACACAUAUAUACAAUAGCUUCAAGUCGGUCUGUAU